AUGAAUCAGAGCGCUACAGACAUUGGACGUGCAUUAUCUGUUCUUUAUAUCUGUUCUGAAGUUAAAAUUGUACGAAAUAAGAUGACAAAAGAGCAGUAUAUAGCAAUGAACAGAGGAAUAAAUGACCAGUCUGAUCUGCCACAAGAAUACCUCUCCGAUAUAUAUGACGAAAUUGCGGGACGUGAGAUUAAGAUGAAACCAGGACUCAAUAAAUUGCCCAAACAGAAUACAACGGCGACGUCAGAACGACAACGCAAAUUACUUCAAGAUGUUGAAUUGGCCGCUAUGGCUCAAACAGCUCGAGCAUUAAUGGAAGCUGCAUCGCAUUACGAAGCUGCAUUUACAUCUGCUUCACAUUGCGAACAUGUUAGGCCAAUGUUUAAGAUUGCUUGGACUCCUUGCUUAGCAGCAUUCAGUAUCGGAUUACAAACGUCAGAAGAUGAAAGUGUCAUAUUUUGGUGUUUGCAAGGAUUUCGUCUUGGUAUCAAAAUUGCCUGCAUAUUUCGUUUAAUUCUGGAACGGAAUGCUUUUAUACAGGCAUUAGCAAGAUUUACAUUGUUGACUGCGAAAAAUUCUAUGGUGGAAAUGAAAUCGAAGAAUAUUGAAUCAAUCAAAUUAUUAUUAACUGUUGGCGAAGAAGAUGGAAAUUGUCUGGAUGAAUCCUGGAUUGAUGUGCUCAAGUGCAUUUCACAGUUAGAAUUAGCACAAAUGAUUGGUACUGGUGUUAAAGCUUCUAAUAAUCCGGUUGUUAGCGGUUCUUCGAUGCAAUAUGGUUUGAAAACUACGACUCACGUGGAUGAACGGAUGUUACAAGAAUGCUUGGGUGAAACUACCUCGCAGAGUGUUGUCGUUGCUGUCGAUAGGAUAUUUCAAGGAUCAUCAAGAUUGGAUGGUGAUGCUGUUGUACAUUUUGUGCGAGCUUUAUGUGAAGUUUCAAAGGAGGAAUUAUCAACGAGUGGUAAUCCACGAAUGUUUAUGUUACAGAAAAUAGUUGAAAUAUCAUUCUAUAAUAUGAAUCGUAUUCGUUUGCAGUGGUCUAGAAUAUGGACCAUUUUAGGAGAACAUUUUAAUAAGGCAGGCUGUAAUGCAAAUGAAAAUAUAUCACAUUUUGCUGUUGAUGCACUAAGGCAAUUAUCGAUGAAAUUUUUGGAACGAGGAGAAUUGCCUAAUUUCCGUUUCCAAAAGGACUUUUUGAGGCCGUUUGAGAUUAUCAUGAAUAGAAAUAGAGCGUUCCAAUCUCGAGAAUUAGUUGUCGAAUGUAUCAGUCAUAUGGUAAACACACAUUAUAAUAAAAUAAUAUCCGGUUGGAAAAACGUUUUUUCCGUUUUUACAAUGGCAGCUAGUCUAAACGAUGAAGGAAUCGUUGAAAGUGCAUUUACGACAACCAAUUUUAUAAUUACUACGGUAUUUGCUGCACAAUUCGGCAAUGCAUUGGAUUCGUUUCAAGAUGCCAUCAAGUGUUUAUCAGAAUUCGCGUGUAAUACAAGUUUCCCGGAUAUAUCCAUGGAAGCAAUUCGACUGAUACGACUUUGUGCAACAUAUGUUUCAAGCAAUCAGCAGCAGUUCAUAGACCAUCAGUGGGAGGAUAGUGCAAAUUUGCAAGACAGUCAACGGAUUUUCUUACGUGGAUGGUUUCCAAUUAUGUUCGAAUUAUCAUGUAUUAUUGGAAGAUGUAAAUUGGACGUCAGAACAAGAAGUUUGACUGUUAUGUUCGAAAUUAUGAAAACCUUCGGGACAGAAUUCAAAGAUGAAUGGUGGAAAGAUUUGUUCCAAGUUGCUUUUCGAAUCUUCGAUGUCAUGAAGUUGGCUGAGGAGCAAAAUGAGAAACGAGAGUGGAUGCGAACAACAUGCAAUCAUGCUCUUUAUGCCGUUGUUGACGUCUUUACUCAAUAUUAUCCAGUUUUAUCAACAAUUUUGUUAACCAAUAUUUACGAACAGUUAUAUUGGUGUGCACAGCAAGAAAAUGAACAGUUGGCUCGUUCAGCAAUUAAUUGCCUGGAAAGCUUGCUUCUUCUCAAUGGUUCCAAAUUUACAAUUCAAAUGUGGAAUGAAACGAUUACCUUAAUCACUAAUAUUUUUAAUAUAAAACUUCCUCAUUCGCUACUUACAUGGGGACCGGAAGAUGUUUUAAAUACGUUUAUUAUACCAAAUGGUGAAGAUUACCAAUUGCGUAAUGAUGGUACUCAUCAAAGAAUGUUUAAUUCGAGCAGUAAUGAUGCACUGUUUACAACAUUACUGGUUCGAUGUGUUGUACAACUGGAAUUGGUCGAUGCUGUAAAUAGUAUUAUAUUCGGUCAUGAAUCAAUGAAAAAGGAUGAAAUGAGCACAAAGACUAUUUCAUCUACAACGGCAAAACUGGAAUCAGGGAGUAAAUCUAUUGAACAGAAACUGGCGAAUGGAAACUUUGAACACGAAGUUGUUGAUAAUGUGGAGAAUGGGACUUUAAAAAUUAUGGAUGAAGGCCUCUAUAAAUACAUUGAAGUGGAUCAUCUCAUACAGCUAGUUGAAUGUCUUCUUGAUUCUCACACUCUUGCUCAAAAAUUUAAUGGCAACAAUGCUCAACGUACGUUACUGUGGAAAGCUGGUUUUAAAGGUCGAAGUAAACCGAAUCUUUUGAAGCAGGAAACACAUAGCGUACAAAUUGUCCUUAACAUAUUGUAUAGAUUAUAUGCUGAUAUUGGAAGAACAUCAGUACAGCAGAAAAAUAAUAUCAAAAUGAAAUUGUUGAGGGUUGUAGAGAAUGCGCUGGAUUACUAUUCGGGAUUAAAAUCCGAGCAACAUCGACAAGCUUGGGUUCCAGUAGUAUAUUUACUGUUGGAAAAAACGGAUGCAUUUUCUUCGACGCAGCUCAUUGAUCUUGGUCAAGACUAUGCGUUGAAUAUGUGUCGCCUGGUGGAGUGCGAAAUGCGUGAGGAUCUAAGGAUUGUCCUGAGUCGCGUUAUCAGAAAAACUAUAAGUAUAAAUUAUGCUGCUGUAUAA